AUGGCUUUUAUCAAUCGCGAGCCCAUUGCCAUUGUCGGUAUUGGAUGUCGCCUUCCCGGGGGGGUCACGAGCUCGAAGGAGUUUUGGGACGUACUGCGUGAAGGCAGGGACCUGGUGUCUGAAGUACCGAGUGAUCGUUUUGAUGCAAAUGCCCUGCACGAUGAUAACCCGGCAAAAUAUGGUACCAUCCGAAGCAUCAAAGGGGGAUUCGUGGACAAAAUUCAAUCCUUCGAUGCCGAAUUCUUCGGUAUAUUCCCAAGCGAGGCAUCCAGGAUCGACCCGCAACAGCGACUCCUGUUGGAGGCUAGCGUUCAUGCGCUGGAGGACUCUGGCACAACUUUGCAGCAGGUGGCUGGAUCACAGACAAGUGUCUUUGUUGGGAUGUUCGCCAACGACUAUCUCUCCAUCCAAGGAGGAACAGAGCAACGAGACAACGUUGGUCCCCAUGUGGGAAUGGGAACUCACGACUGCUCAAUCGCUAAUCGGGUCUCGCAUCGGUUAGAUUUACGAGGCCCGAGCCUUACUCUCAAUACCGCCUGCUCGAGCAGCUUGGUUGCGUUGCAUCUGGCCUGCCAAAGCCUUUGGGCGCAAGAGAGCGAGGCUGCUCUCGUUGGUGGUGUUAAUGCCAUUCUCCGCCCCGAGUCUACGAUUUUGAUGUCCAAGGCGGGUUUUCUUUCUCCAGAUGGCGCCUGUAAAUCGUUCGAUGCGGCGGGCAAUGGCUAUGUUCGCAGUGAAGGCGUCGGAAUGGUCUUCUUGAAGCCUCUCAGUCGAGCGAUCCAAAACAAGGACAGAAUCUACGCCUUGGUCCGCAGCUCCCUUGUGAAUCAAGACGGAUACACACCAGAGGGAUUCACUGUCCCCAGCCUGGCAGCUCAGACAGCAUUACUGCAUUCGAUCUACAAAAAUUCCAACACGGACCCAGCCAAAGUCCGUUAUGUCGAGGCCCACGGCCCAGGAACCCCAGUCGGGGAUCCCAUCGAGGCAGACGCCCUUGGAAACCAGAUCGGACAGGCGCGGUCUAAAGAUAAAAAUCCCCUUUGGAUAGGAUCACUCAAGGGUAAUUUCGGUCACCUCGAGGGCGCUGCUGGAAUCGCUGGCUUCAUCAAGGCAGCACUGGUGACUUUUCACAGAGAAAUCCCCCCACAGGUCCAUUUCAAGAAUCCCAAUCCUGUAAUUGAUUUCCAGUCACUUCAGAUUGAGGUACCUACCCAGAUUACACCCUUAUCCUCAGAUGGGCAACACACGCUAUGGGUCGGGGUCAACUCGUUUGGGGCUGGGGGGACCAACGCGCAUACUAUCCUCGAAGAAGCACCGAAUGAUAUCAGUAGCUCCUAUUCUCCAGCCAGUCAUGCGCCACGCGUUUAUGUGAUUUCUGCAAGGUCUCUAUCUGCUAUGGAGCAGGUUGCUCGACAACUUUCCUCUUACCUACAACUCCAAAAGACCGCUCUAACCGACGUUGCAUACACUCUCAACAUGCGACGGAGCACCCACAACGAAAUAUCGGUCAUUGCGGCUGACACCCUUGAGGACUUGUGCUCUAGACUUGACCAUCUAAGUUCUGGACAAGUAACUAAGCAUGUGUUGCCUCUCCAGAGACGAGCAGGAAGUUCUACGAAAACAGCCUUCUUGUUUUCUGGUCAAGGCGGCCAAUGGCUCGGGAUGGGGAUGGCCCUUGCGGAUCAAGAAGUUGAAUUUCGUGAGUCUCUAGCUGCCUUUGAUGAGAUAUUCAUUGCACUGGGAGGGUUUUCAAUUUGCACGGAGAUGUCAUCAUGCGGGGACGACCUAGCAAGAAUGAACAAAACCACAAUUGUUCAGCCUGCUAUCGCAGCCAUUCAGAUUGCAUUGGCGAGAAUGUUAAUGUCUUAUGGACUCACACCAGAUGCUAUCGUGGGCCACUCCAUUGGUGAAGUUGCUGCUGCCCAUAUCGCUGGUGCACUUAGUCUUGAGGAAGCCGUCAAAGUCAUUUAUGUUCGAUCACAGAUCCAGAAUAAGGCAGCAGGCAUGGGAAGUAUGCUAGCAUCUGGAAUAUCAUCCAAGGUGGCAGAGCAACUUCUUCAGCGGCAUCAUUUUGGAGGAAUUGUGGAGAUUGCAGCUCACAAUGGCACUGAAAUGACGACUUUGACUGGGCCUACGGCAGAACUGGAACAAUUUGCCAGUAUUCUCGAGGCUCAGGGGAGCUUUGCGCGAUUCGUCAAAGUGGACGUACCAUACCACAGCCGCUUCAUGGAUCCCCUGGAAAACGAACUCGUUGCAGCACUAUCGUGUGUUCAAGGGAACCCGACCAAGACCAACUUGUACUCCACUGUCACUACGCUGAUUGAGCCUGGCACUCACCUGUCAGGUGACUACUGGUUUCAAAACGUACGUAGGCCAGUCCGAUUUCGCGAGACCAUGGAAAGGAUGUUAGAAGACGGUUGUAAUUUCCUAGUCGAGAUUGGGCCACACCCUGUCUUGGUCUCUGGAACCCGUGGUAUUGCUGAAUCUGCCAAGCACUCUGUUCACAUUAUGCCAGCCAUGAUCAGGGGGAGUAAAACUGACCCUGUCUCAUGUGUCAUCGGAGCGGCACAUGCAACCGGCGUUGACGUGGACAUUGAAUCCUUCAACGGAGGCGGGGGCCAGCUUGUCGAUCUCCCAUUAUACCCGUUUCAACGCCAGCAGUACUGGUUCGAGAACCCGGAGGCUCAGCAACGCCGGCUUGGUCAAAACAAGCAUCCAUUCCUUAGGAGCGUUCUUCGUCUUACCGAUGAAUAUCGAGCGGCGGUACGACUCAGACUGAGCACAGGCGUGUCUCCCUUUCUUGCCGAUCAUGUUAUAGAUGGGGCGGUCGUAUUUCCAAUGACAGGACAUGUGGAGUCCGUAUACAUGGCUGCGCGGGAACACCUUCCACACAUGAAAAUCUGGCUGGAAGACCUGAGGCUUGAGCGUCCUGUGAUCCUACCAUCUGCAGAGGAUCCCGCUCCGCAAGUGUUGCUAGAAAUUACAACCCCUGCGAAUGACUUUGUGAUAAGUUCACGCCCCGCAGACUCGACCCCUGAGGUGCCAUGGCAGGUCUGUUCUCGUGGACGGAUUAAUGCGUUUGACGAGCGACCGGGGGCUGCUACAGAGGCACUGGAAAGUGCAAGGUCUCGGCUGCAGGCUGGGGUGGAAGUUGAUCCUGAAAACUUUUACUUGAAACUGGAAGAGUCAGGUCUUUGGUAUGGAGAGGCGUUCAGGGGAGCUCAAAGGAUUUGGCGGCUAGGGGACGAAAUUUUCACAUAUAUAACGCUCCCGGGCUUUUUGCAUGCGGAGGCAGCACGGUUCAGAUUCCACCCGGCGCUCUUGGAUACUGCCGUACAUAUGAUUUUCGUUGACAAGGGCCAGCACGGUGAUUUCCGGUAUGUGAACCUACCUUCCCACGUUGAACAGAUUGAGAUAUUCGAAGCAGAGGAGAGUAUCACAUCUGCAUUUGUGCAUACCCAUAUUACGCUGCAUGAUGAUACUUUCCUCCGCUGCAAUACAUCAGUCUAUAGCGAAAAUGGUCAAAUCCUUGCCGUAGCAACUGGAAUCACAACAAAGCGCAUUCCGGGUCAGCAUGUGCCACGGCUUCUGGAACACGAAGUAUGUUUCCAACCUGAAACCAAGGACGGGCUGAGCAGAGUAGAGUCUGAAUUCGAUAACGUGGUGAUUUUUGAACCUGAGAGGGGGGGCCUUGACUUGCAAUGCAGCAUCCAGAGAACAUUUCCUCGCGCCCAGUUCCAUCAGAAGUUUCUAGACCAAGUUGAUGAAAACUACAAGCCCACAGAAUGGCCGUUUCUGUGGGACGCGCGCUUACUUGUCAUUAUUCCGGCGUUCAUUUCCGGUUCAUACUGCCGCGAGUUUCACCGCACCGUGGAAGUUGUGAUGAGAGUACUUCUUCUCGUCGCCACCUGGCUUCAUGAGAACCAAGGAGUUCCCACACUUGUGAUCUUGACCAAGGGCAGCUGCAUGACGCCAGCAGACUCACAAUGUGAUCCCAUUUCCUCUGCUGUGCAAGCAGCUGCCCGAGUAAUGGCAAACGAGCUGCCCCGAGUUCGUAUCCGCUGUGUGGAUCUUGCGCUAGACGAACAUCGCCAGAACAUCCCAUUACUGGAAGAAGAGUUACAAACGAAUCGGGUCGGCUAUACCGAGAGUGUCGUGGCCAUACGACCCGAAGGUCGAUUCUUCAAACGAAUUGUGGCUGUGGAUCCCGGAGAGGAGAAGAGACGCAUAGAAAAGCGUGUGCCUGCAAGAGGGGGAGCAUAUUCCUCUGAGCCCGGUCCCAACGGGACUCUCGACAAUAUCAUUAUACGGCAGAAAGUCGAAGAAGAAUUGGGACCAGAUGAUGCGAGUAUUGAAGUGCACGCCGCUGGUCUAAACAUCACAGAUGCAAUGAAUGUCUUCGGCGUGUCGAGUGAGCAAGUAAUCUCUGGAAGCCUUGCAAGUCAAAAGCUAGGACUGGAGGCCGCCGGCCGAGUUGUGGCGGUCGGUAAAAAUGUGCAAGACAUUAAAAUUGGCACUCCGGUCAUGGUUCGAGUGCCACAGAGCCUUGGAGGGCUCAUAACCGCCCACCGUAGCCUGCUAGCUGUUAUCCCGCCCUCUUUGACUUUCCCCGAAGCAGCCUGCGUUCCAGUCGCAUUCAUAACAGCAUAUUAUGCCUUGGCCUACCUCGGCAGACCAGAGUCUGGAGAACGGGUUCUCAUCCAUUCAGCAGGUAGUGGGGUGGGUAUCGCGGCAAUUCAAAUUGCCAAGCAUCUAGGUGCUCGUGUAUAUGCUACAGCUGAAACUCCUUCCCGUCGGGCGUGGGUGUUACAGAUGGGAGUCGAAGCCGUAUUGGAUCCAACUUCUGUAUCAUUCCACGAUCAGCUCAAGGCUGUAACCGGAGACCAAGGCAUGGACGUGGUGCUAAAUUCACUUUCUAGCACCAUGUUCCCACAAUCGGUCGUAUGUCUUGCUCCAUUCGGCCGCUUUCUGGAGAUAGGAAGUACGGAUAUUUACCGGAAUACGAAGCUCGGCCUCGAGCAAUUCAGCCGGAAUGGUUCGUUCUUUGUUGUUGACGUCGAUAGACUGGCAAUAGAAAAGCCGGAUUUACACUGUCGAAUGAUCAACGAAGUUUGUGCUCUGCUUGCAAACGGCCAGCUGGUACCACUCCCAGUCACCACAUACCCCAUCACGGAGGUCUCCACAGCCCUGAAGGCAGUUUCCCGGUCUACCGUAAUCGGAAACAUUGCCGUGGAACUACCAGACAACACCGAGGUUGUUACAGUACCACCAACUCAGCUAGAGCUCCGAGGGGAUCGAACUUAUAUCAUCACUGGCGGUACAAGUGGUCUAGGGCUACACUUCGCCAGGCUCCUGGUUAAGCGAGGAGCUCGUUAUCUCAUGCUUGCAAGUCGCUCAGGACCAAAGUCUGAAGAGGAUCAUGCAAUUAUUUUGGAUCUGCGACGCCACGGAGCCAACGUAAGGAUUGCGCAAGCAGAUAUCAGUAGCCUUGAGGCGGUAAUGCUGCUUUUCAGUCAUCAAACGGGCUGGCCUCCUAUCGUAGGGGUGGUUCACUGUGCAGGGAUCUUGGGAGAUAUAUAUGCUCAUGAGACAAAGAUGGAUGAUUUCUGGCAUGUGUUCAAGCCCAAGGCAUUGGGUGCAUGGAAUCUUCAUCUGGCUACCCAGAACAUGGAUCUUGACUUCUUUGUUAUGGCUUCAUCCAUCGCGAGUAUUAUCGGGCUCACAGGACAAUUCGGCUACGCUGCUGCGAACCAGUACCUAGAUGGACUGGCACAUUACCGUCAGGCAUCCGGCUUGCCAGGAUUUUCUCUCAAUCUUGGCUUACUAGGAUACUUUGCUGGUAUGUCUGAGAAAUCAACCCACAACGACAGGCUCCACGAAAUCCUGCAGUCGCUAGGGUUAGUGACCACGUGUCUUCCAGCAGUUCUAUCCGCCUUUGAGCGUGGUAUUCUUCAUGGUACUACGCAACGCCUGGCUCUUAAUCUUGAUUGGUCUAUGUUUCUCACAGCGUACCCUCAUCUGAUUCGAGAUGCUGCUUUCAUGGGGCUGAAGAAUGAGCAAGCCGAGUUAGGCAGUUCAGGGUCCACCCGAUCAAUAUUCAAUAUAUCUGGCCCACAGCGAGUGGCCAUGAUCGCCGAUACAUUAUGCUCUGGACUGGCCAAAAUCAUUGGCGUAAACCCGAGUCGGAUUUCUCUCACGGAGAAGAUCAGCCAAUACGCAUUUGACUCCCUCACUCUCACACAACUGCGAGGCGUGAUAUUGCGUGAAGUUCGGGUUCCAUACCCCCUCAUGAGGCUCUUUGAAGCGCCCAGUCUUCAGGAAAUUGCGGUGGAGCUUAAUGGCUCAUUUCAAAAUAGUCAUGUCGAAGGUGGGAACGGUACUGAUGCUGCCAACCACACCUCCGAACACGUGCCCUCUGUGGGACUGUCUGUCUUAUCAAAAUGGUUCAUUGGCGGCAAAAUAUCCAACGCCUCCUCCCCUCGUCUUGUGUGCUUCCACUCAAUGGGCGCUUCGGCUUCUCUUUUCACUCCUUUCUUGGUGGAUCCACCGCAUGGACUCAACGCAAUUGCAGUGCAGCUACCAGGCCGAGAGAAUCGAUCCGAAGAAGCGGUUUUAAGCAACAUGUCUGAAGUUGUUUCUGGCAUCCUUGGCGAGAUGGACGAAGUCGUGGGAGCCCCCAAAGUCUUUUGGGGCCACUCCUUCGGAGGAAUUAUUGCUUUCGAAGUGCUUAGAGCCCUCAGAAAACAAGAGAAACCUCUUCCACGCCUUCUGGUAACCGGCACCAUAGCACCAAAUCUCAUCAAACGUUGGCAGACGCGAGGUGUAAUACUCCAGGUCAUUCCCCAGGACUUCAGCCCCGAGUAUGCGAUGGCUAUUUCUCGAUAUAUAGAUGAUGUCGAAUUUCUUCGCUCGAUAUUACCGGCGAUGAGGAAGGACGCACCAUUACUUCUGAACUACCGAUUUAGUGAAGAGGAUCCAUUAGAUAUAGCGAUCACCGCUUUUGCCGCACGCCAGGAUGAAGUGGUGUACCCGGACGAAGUUGCUGCUUGGGGCACACAUGCGAAAGAGUUCAACAUUUUUGAGGUAGAUGGAGAUCAUUGGUUCUUGCAUCGGAACCGGAAUAUAUUGCGAGACACAUUGGCGGGGUGGGUGACUUAG